UUCAGUGAGCGCGACGUAGAGAGACCCGAUCAUUCUUGAUGCACUUGAUGAACUGACUCACAGAAACGGCAAAUAUUGUUUUGCAUCUAGUCAAGGUUUUUCAUUUUUAAUUAGUCUAUUGAACUAACACCUGAAGUGAAUGUGUCGCCAGGUUGUAGUUUUUGCGGUGUUUGCCGCUAGCAUCUGCGGACUGCCUUUCCCAGCCUUAUGCAGUGCUGAUUUGAAUUACAAACCUAUAAUCGGUAUUUUAGCCCAAGAGAAUUUAGAUUUAGAAUUCGACCCACAUCCUCAGGGAUCGUCCUAUAUACCUGCUUCUUAUGUAAAGUAUUUGGAGUCAGCCGGUGCAAGGGUCAUCCCAAUACGGAUAAAUGGUACAGAAGAGGAUUAUACAAAAAUAUUCUACCAAAUAAAUGGGUUGUUGCUGCCUGGGGGAAAUGUCGAUCUUCAGAAAUCCCAGUAUAGCAGAGUGGCCAAGAUUUUCUAUGAACUGGCGAUCAAGGCCAACGAUGCAUUGGAUUACUUUCCAAUAUGGGGAACUUGUCAGGGCUUUCAACAGCUGACUGUUCUGACUAGCAACAAAAACCUGCUGACUUUAACCAACUCCAUGGCUGUGGCCCUGCCUCUGACUUUUGUUCCAGGAGCACAGAACAGCAGGCUGUUCAAAAGCUUCCCAAAGGACCUCCUUCUGUCUCUUUCAGAGGAGAAUAUCACAUCAAACUUCCAUAUCUGGAGCUUGUCUGUACAGAAUUACACCCGGAAUUCCAAACUCAAGCGUUUCUAUAAGGUCCUGACAACAAACACAGAUGGCAAGAAAGAGUUCAUUUCUACCAUGGAAGCUUACCGAUACCCAUUCUAUGCAGUCCAGUGGCACCCAGAGAAAAGCCCGUUUGAAUGGAUAAACAAGCCAGGCAUGAUUCACUCCAUCUCAUCCAUCAGGGCCUCCUUCUACACAGCUAGCUUCUUUGUCUCUGAAGCUAUGAAAAGUCAACAUCACUUUUUAACACCUGAAGAGGAGGAAAAGGCUCUUAUUUAUAACUUCAUACCUGUCUUCAAAGGCUUGAAUUCCAUAUUCAUACAGUAUUACUAUUUUGACUAGGUGUUAGGAUUCUUUACAUAUUGCUACAUCACAAUAUAAAUGACCUCAACAUGAGUUGCCAUAUUAACAUAAAAGUGGGACAUGGAUGUUUGGUUUUGUUUCUUUUAGUGUUUACUGGCAGGAGAGCAAAUAUGGCUCGAACAUUUGGUCAGAUGUUUGUUUUCUGUUUAAUAGUUUAAGCAUGUUUAUCAUCAGGGGUUUUUAUGUAAAUUAUUUUGUAGCUAUAUGAAAUUGCCAAAUUGGGGUGGGGGAGGGGUUGGGGUUUUUUUGUCUUAUAGUUUGUGGGUUUUUUUCUGCUUGUUGUUUCUAGCUAGUAGACUCUUGUGCCAUGUUUAAACUUUGUAAUGAUUUCAAAUGCAACAUGACUGGUGACAAUUUCUGCUAGUAUGGCUAUGGUUCUAUCAGUAGACUGUAAUUGUUUUAAGAAUAUAAUCAGAAAUUGUAUGCUGCAAUUACCUGGUGUAUUUGUGUGGCAAAGUGUCUUGUGCUUUAUCAUGCGGUCAGCAGGUUUCUCAAUGCAUUGCACCAUAGGCUACAGAAAGUAUUGCAGCAUAAUCUACCAUCAGUUUUAGACAAUGUACGGUCAUGUUUUGCAUGUUGUUCAGUCACAGUUGCUCGAGUCCCGUAUAUUGUCUAGCCCACAGUGUUUUCGUUCUAACACAACUGGACCUAAUAUUCAGAUGCUACUGAAAGUAUUGAUUAACAAAAUUAGAUUAGGCUUGAAACCAAACUCAGUAGGGGGGUUAAUCUCUAGGCGUGGAGCUAGUGUUGGUUUAAGAUUUCUUUCUGAAGAACACUGUUAUGGAUGUGCAAAUGACACAAAUGAUAUUAGACUGAGAUAUUUUCAGUUACUUAAGUCAUGUAUGAAUUUGCACAAGAGUGGAAGGGUCUAAUAAAAAAAAAUCAACAAUAAUCUGAUUGUAUAAUCCCUUUGCCCUUGUGCAUGAAUCAUUUCCUUGAAAUACUAUGACAUAUACUAAAAAAUGACUGUGAUAAGAGGAAAAGAAUAGUUGUGUAUCAUCUGAGUUCGAAGGUUUUUGUUUUUGUGAGUGAGAAAUUUUGGUGAGGUUACUGUUACUGAGUUCUGUUUACCUAGAUGGCGCCAUUGCAACAGCCCUGUUGUCUGCAAAUGUUUUUCUCUAAUUCCUUUAGGGCGUAGCCACACAGUUACAGUCCUUGCUUUAACACCCAUUUAACUUCUCAUAACGUUUAUUUUCUUGCAUUUCAAAAUGGUCAAACCUAAAGUUACAUUAAAUAACACAAUGACAAGUUCUCUGUACAAACUUUCCAUACAAAGCAGCUGAGAGUUUCUUCAUACAAAGCAAUUGAGAAACAUGAAAAUGAAAAAGUGCAAUUUGCAAAGAGCUCUCAUAACUGUACAGGUACUGUAGAAUACAAAAACUAUGCUUACUCUAUGAUUAUCAGCCUCUCUAGUUCACCAAUUUCAUAAUCAGUCAAGUUUCUAAACAAUGCAUGUGUAUAACAUACAGAAAAUCAGUAUACUAAAUUAUCAAGAACAUCUAGGUUUGCUCACAGCCACUAGAUCUCUGACACUAGCCAUUGUUAGAAUAGAUUCAAUACUGUUGACCCCUGAUAUGUAUUUAGGGUGUAUUACUACAAUGGCAUCAUGCACUUAAAAUGAGCAGGUUACAUACAAACUGUCACUUGUGAUAUGCAGUAGAUAGUGAGAGCAUGUCAUUGGUUCAAAUAAACCUUACACAUUUUCUUAGCAAAUAUAGUGAGUUAGCUGUACUGUAAACCACAGGGAACUGAUUUUUUUCACUGAUCACUCAAGUGACAGGUGAAUGUAUAGUAAUGUCAUUCUGCUAAACCACAACACU